UGUCCUCCUCGACAGAGGAACAAACUACAUCUAUUCCGACAGUGACACCCACAGGGAAAAUUGAAUCAACAGUGUCAACCUCAACACCCACCACAAAUGGAGAAACAAGAACUACCAAGACUGAUGAAUCGACAACAACAAUUAAUUCCCGCACAAAUAGAGAGGUCUCACCACGUUCACCCUCUACAGUCCCUCCACUAACUACUCAUUUCACUCAAACAUCUUCUGACCAAAACAGUGAAACACCACCAACAGGAACCAGCACAACUCAGCUCCCUUUAACUAAUGAAGAAACAUCUACAACAAUGUCCUCCUCGAUAGAGCAACAAUCUUCAUCUGUGACGACGACAACACCCAUGGCAACAACAGAAUUAACAGCCUCAACCCUUUCCACAAAUGGAAAAACAACUACCAAGUCUGAUCAACCGACAAAAACAAUAAUUUCCAGCACAAAUACAGAGGUCCCACCAAGUUCAUCCUCUACAGUCCCUCCACUAACUACUCAUUUCACUCAAACAUCUUCUGACCAAAACAGUGAAACAACACCAACAGGAACCAGCACAACUCAUCUCCUGUUAAGUACCCUGGAAACAUCUACAACAAUGUUCUCAUCGACAGAGCAGCAAACUACAUCUAUUCCGACAGUGACACCCACAGGGAAAAUUGAAUCAACAGUGUCAACCUCAACACCCACCACAAAUGGAGAAACAAGACCUACCAAGACUGAUCAAUCGACAACAACAAUUAAUUCCCGCACAAAUACACAGGUCUCACCAAGUUCACCCUCUACAGUCCCUCCACUAACUACUCAUUUCACUCAAAGAUCUUCUGACCAAAACAGUGAAACAACACCAACAGGAACCAGCACAACUCAUCUCCCUUUAACUAACAAAGAAACAUCUACAACAAUGUCCUCCUCGACAGAGCAACAAACUACAUCUAUUCCGACAGUGACACCCACAGGGAAAAUUGAAUCAACAGUGUCAACCUCAACACCCACCACAAAUGGAGAAACAAGAACUACCAAGACUGAUGAAUCGACAACAACAAUUAAUUCCCGCACAAAUAGAGAGGUCUCACCAAGUUCACCCUCUACAGUCCCUCCACUAACUACUCAUUUCACUCAAACAUCUUCUGACCAAAACAGUGAAACAACACCAACAGGAACCAGCACAACUCAUCUCCUGUUAAGUACCCUGGAAAAAUCUACAACAAUGUUCUCAUCGACAGAGCAGCAAACUACAUCUAUUCCGACAGUGACACCCACAGGGAAAAUUGAAUCAACAGUGUCAACCUCAACACCCACCACAAAUGGAGAAACAAGAACUACCAAGACUGAUCAAUCGACAACAACAAUUAAUUCACGCACAAAUACAGAGGUCUCACCAAGUUCACCCUCUACAGUCCCUCCACUAACUACUCAUUUCACUCAAACAUCUUCUGACCAAAACAGUGAAACAACACCAACAGGAACCGGCACAACUCAUCUCCCUUUAAAUAACCAAGAAACAUCUACAACAAUGUCCUCCUCGACAGUGCAACAAACUACAUCUAUUCCGACAGUGACACCCACAGGGACAAUUGAAUCAACAGUGUCAACCUCAACACCCACCACAAAUGGAGAAACAAGAACUACCAAGACUGAUGAAUCGACAACAACAAUUAAUUCCCGCACAAAUACAGAGGUCUCACCAAGUUCACCCUCUACAUUCCCUCCACUAACUACUCAUUUCACUCAAACAUCUUCUGACCAAAACAGUGAAACAACACCAACAGGAACCGGCACAACUCAUCUCCCUUCAACUAACCAAGAAACAUCUACAACAAUGUCCUCCUCGACAGUGCAACAAACUACAUCUGUUCCGACAGUGACACCCACAGGGAAAAUUGAAUCAACAGUGUCAACCUCAACACCCACCACAAAUGGAGAAACAAGAACUACCAAGACUGAUGAAUCGACAACAACAAUUCAUUCCCGCACAAAUACAGAGGUCUCACCAAGUUCACCCUCUACAUUACCUCCUCUUACUACUCAUUUCAAUCAAACAUCUCCUGACCACAACAGGGAAACAACAUCAACAGGAAUCAGCACAACUCCGCUCCCUUUAAGUAGCCAAGGAACAUUUACAACAAUGUCCUCCUCAAUAGAGCAACGAUCUUCAUCUGUGACGACGACAACACCCAUGGCAACAACAGAACUAACAGCCUCAACCCUUUCCACAAGUGGAAAAACAACUACCAAGACUGAUCAACCGACAACAACAAUUAAUUCCCGCACAAAUACAGAGGUCUCACCAAGUUCACCCUCUACAGUCCCUCCACUAACUACUCAUUUCACUCAAACAUCUUCUGACCAAAACAGUGAAACAACACCAACAGGAACCAGCACAACUCAUCUCCUGUUAAGUACCCUGGAAACAUCUACAACAAUGUUCUCAUCGACAGAGCAGCAAACCACAUCUAUUCCGACAGUGACACCCACAGGGAAAAUUGAAUCAACAGUGUCAACCUCAACACCCACCACAAAUGGAGAAACAAGAACUACCAAGACUGAUGAAUCGACAACAACAAUUCAUUCCCGCACAAAUACAGAGGUCUCACCAAGUUUACCCUCUACAUUACCUCCUCUUACUACUCAUUUCAAUCAAACAUCUCCUGACCACAACAGGGAAACAACAUCAACAGGAAUCAGCACAACUCCGCUCCCUUUAAGUAGCCAAGGAACAUUUACAACAAUGUCCUCCUCAAUAGAGCAACGAUCUUCAUCUGUGACGACGACAACACCCAUGGCAACAACAGAACUAACAGCCUCAACCCUUUCCACAAGUGGAAAAACAACUACCAAGACUGAUCAACCGACAACAACAAUUAAUUCCCGCACAAAUACAGAGGUCUCACCAAGUUCACCCUCUACAGUCCCUCCACUAACUACUCAUUUCACUCAAACAUCUUCUGACCAAAACAGUGAAACAACACCAACAGGAACCAGCACAACUCAUCUCCUGUUAAGUACCCUGGAAACAUCUACAACAAUGUUCUCAUCGACAGAGCAGCAAACUACGUCUAUUCCGACAGUGACACCCACAGGGAAAAUUGAAUCAACAGUGUCAACCUCAACACCCACCACAAAUGGAAAAACAACUACCAAGACUGAUGAACCGACAACAACAAUCAAUUCCAGCACAAAUACAGAGGUCUCACCGAGUUCACCCUCUACAAUCCGUCCACUAACUACUCAUUUCACUCAAACAUUUUCUGACCACAACAGGGAAACAACACCAACAGGAACCAGCACAACUCAUCUCCUGUUAAGUACCCUGGAAACAUCUACAACAAUGUUCUCAUCGACAGAGCAGCAAACCACAUCUAUUCCGACAGUGACACCCACAGGGAAAAUUGAAUCAACAGUGUCAACCUCAACACCCACCACAAAUGGAGAAACAAGAACUACCAAGACUGAUGAAUCGACAACAAUUAAUUCCCGCACAAAUACAGAGGUCUCACUAAGUUCACCCUCUACAGUCCCUCCACUAACUACUCAUUUCACUCAAACAUCUUCUGACCAUAACAGUGAAACAACACCAACAGGAUCCAGCACAACUCAUCUCCUGUUAAGUACCCUGGAAACAUCUACAACAAUGUUCUCAUCGACACAGCAGCAAACUACAUCUAUUCCGACAGUGACACCCACAGGGAAAAUUGAAUCAACAGUGUCAACCUCAACACCCACCACAAAUGGAAAAACAACUACCAAGACUGAUGAACCGACAACAACAAUCAAUUCCAGCACAAAUACAGAGGUCUCACCGAGUUCACCCUCUACAAUCCGUCCACUAACUACUCAUUUCACUCAAACAUCUUCUGACCACAACAGGGAAACAACACCAACAGGAACCAGCACAACUCAUCUCCUGAUCCAGCACAACUCAUCUCCUGUUAAGUACCCUGGAAACAUCUACAACAAUGUUCUCAUCAACAGAGCAACAAACUACAUCUAUUCCGACAGUGACACCCACAGGGACAAUUGA